UCGUUUUGCGCUGCGCGUGCGGCGGGGUGGGCACACAGGUGAGCGUCAGUCCGCGCCGCGAUCUCUUGCCGACAGGGAUCCACGCACGCGACACGCCGCGAAAUUUCGGUACUGUUUUGAAAAUUUAACACAUAUCGUCCUCUGUCGUAAAAAAUAAUAACAAACGAACGAACCGUAACUAAAUUCGACGCUAAAAUUUAUACGCGUAAAAAUGGGUCUCCCGGCCGCGGAAUAGGGGACAAUUUAAUGCUUUUCGGGUGUAAAGUCAUGGUUAAAGAGAAGGUGCUUGGGCAGUGAUGUCCGCCGAGAGAUGCGACCUGUUGUCAUCGCUGCUUGUCUACUGCUGCUCGCGCCCAUCACCGACUCCUGGUGGGCGUCUGGCAGCGCCGUGAUCCUCGACCCUCGGAUGGUGUGCAAGAAGAACAGACGGACGAGAGGUAGGCUCGCGCAGAUCUGCCGCAACGAGACUGGGCUCAUCAAGGAGAUCACUAAGGGCGUCACGCUCGGCGCCACUGAGUGCGCGCAUCAAUUCAGGAACCGCAGGUGGAACUGCACCACCCAACGGCGCAGCAUGAGGAAGAUCCUCAUGAGAGGAAGCGAAGGUGAAAUACUGGCGAUGUACUACAGGAAAGAAUUAAAAAAAAAAAGAAUAUUCUUGGCAUUGAACUUCUCGUUAAUCCGCAAAUACGGAUAUCCGUGCGAAAUCCACCGCGUCUACACGGAAUAUGGUUACAUUUUGGAAAUGCAUAGAGUCCCGCACGGCGCCCACGACGACCGAAACGAGCCCAGACCGGUGGUGUUUCUACAGCACGGACUUCUGUCAUCAUCAGCUGAAUGGAUUUUAAUGAAACCGGGCAAGGGUCUUGCCUACGUUCUCGCAGACCACGGCUACGAUGUUUGGAUGGGCAAUGCCCGCGGUAACACAUACUCCCGCAGGCACAUCUCCAUGAAGCCAACAUCCUCAUCCUUUUGGAAGUUUAGUUGGCACGAGAUCGGUUACUACGACUUACCUGCUAUGAUCGACUAUGUAUUAAGAGAAACCGGUGUUGCUAAAGUUCAAUACAUCGGCUUCUCACAGGGUACCACUGCAUUCUGGGUGAUGACGUCAUCCCGGCCCGAAUAUAAUGAUAAAAUAUCAGCAAUGCAUGCAUUAGCCCCUGUAGCUUACAUACCCAACAUUAAAAGCCCACUCAUAAAGGCUAUUGGACCCUUCACAAAUUCUUUGGAGGUCAUAUUUAAACUAAUAGGCGCAGACGAAUUCUUGCCAAAUGGUAAAAUGAACGAGUUAGCCGGUCAAAAGAUGUGUAUUGAGGAAGCCCUAACACAAGUUUUGUGCACUAACCUGCUAUUCCUUAUCUGUGGCUACAACAUAGAUCAACUUAAUAAGACAAUGCUCCCAGUUGUAAUGGGCCAUACGCCCGCAGGUGCCUCAACACGACAAAUGAUACAUUUCGGUCAGUCAUACAACAGUGGAGAAUUCCGCCACUUUGACCAUGGAUGGCUGAAAAACAAACUAAUCUACGGUUCUUUUAAGCCACCAGCUUACAACUUAAACGCAAUACGGACACCAAUAUUCCUUCAUUAUGCUGACAACGACUGGCUGUCUACUCCGAAAGACGUGGACAGAUUGUCCAAAGACAUUAAAAGUGUUGUCGGCAAAUUCAGGGUAGCCAUGCCAGAAUUCAACCAUUUAGAUUUCGUAUUUGCUAUAAACGCAACUGAAAUUGUCUAUCACCGCAUACUAAAUAUUAUGCAAGUGUUCGAUGAAUAAAG